CAAAUGACAUGCCAGAUUUGUGGCAGUUAAAGAAAAUCCAGUCGAAGACAAAACACAGUUUAAGGACGAAAGAGAAGAAGUUGCAGUUAAGUUCUCUUCAUCUAAAAACAUUACCAGCAUGGCACCGCCUUUGUCCAGGACAUGUGACAUCACUAGAUAUCAGUCACAACAACUUUCAAGCGUUGCCAGAGUGCCUGUUUUCAUUGGUCCGUCUUCAGCGCCUGUUUGCUCAAAACAAUCGACUUGUUCACCUGUCGGAUGGGAUCAAACAUUUUCCCGACUUGACGGUCCUUAAUGUCGCCCAAAAUCACAUCAACAAACUGCCAUCGGCUUUUAACUAUCUAACAAAACUUGAAGUUGUGAAUUUCUCUGGAAAUUUACUUAAUGUUUUACCAAAAGAAAUUUUAUUGCUUCCAAGACUGAAAGCAUUCCAUGUAACAAGGAACCCGAUCCAAAAUAUCCCACGGGAUGUGUACAUAGAUGGAUUGCAGGCAAUCCGGAAAUAUUUUGAUAUUAAACUUAAAAACUCAUUUGUUUGUGAACGUGAAUCAAUAACUUUCCAAAACCUUUGCGAGGAGUUGAAAUAUGUGAGACUCCGGAAAACGGAGUCAGUAUCUAAUUCAUAUCCGCUGGUUCAAAGCAAGCCAGAUCCUGCAGGUUGGGAUCCUAAUACAAUUAUUACUAGUGAUUAUGUCUCGUGCUCGGGAUCAAGCCAGGAGAACCAGAGUUCAAAUUUUGUAAUAAAUGAAAAUGAUUGUAACAGUUGCAUUGGUGAUCAUGGCAGUGAGGCUGGUGAUGUAUACUGUGAGCUCGAAGAUUAUGACAGCGAUAUUUGUGAUAUUUGUUCUCAACCACUGUCUAAAGAACCAUUCUUAGAGGAUGAUGUUUAUUACGAAGGGCGUUUAGAUGAUAGAUCUAAAUUCAUUCUUUAUCGCAGUGUUGCCGUCAUAAUCCCAGAGCAUAAUCAGAAUCAUCACAUGCACACUCAGUUCUCAAUGAGAAUAUUAUCGGAUGCUCGGUAUCGGCCUGAGGUUGAUGAUCACACCUCCUUGGCUAGUUACAUUGUAGCACUUAUGCCACAUCAGACAAAGUUUUAUCCUUAUAAACCAGCCAGGUUAAAACUGCCGUUGUUUGUACGGAGUGUCUGUAAAGAUAAUGUGGUUUGUAUGUGUAGUGACACUGAGGAAGAAGAGGAUCCUAUCUGGAUACAGAUGCCGGUGACAGACUAUAAAGUAUUCAGUGACUAUGUCGAGAUCAAAGCCAGUCAUUUUUCGUUAUUUACGGUUUUGGUAAAAGACCAAGCAAUACAUGUGUCACAAUUUGUGACAAUCAAAGAUGGAGGAUGUCUAGAGAUCCCAGAGAUUCCGUCCUUCAGUAUUCAUUUUCCAAAGGGUUGUCUUGUGAAAGACAUGACAGCCACUGCCAAUAUGUACUUCUCCAAUCUACCUCAUCAUUUGAGAAGUGGCUUAAAUCGUGACGAUGCACCAGCUACACCGAUUAUUUUUGUGGGACCACAUGGAUGUAAAUUUCGAUGUGAUGCAUCAGAUCCAGUGACCGUAAGGUUACCAUUGCCGCAUUACACUGAGAUUUGUCAAGCUUUAGGAUCUAAAGCUGAGUUGACAAUUUGGUCAACUGAAACAUUGGAAACUGAGACAUCAAAAUGGUGUCAACUUGAUGUUGACUACACCAUCAUCUACAAGAAUGGCAUGUACAAUGUCGUUUUUUCAGCAUCUCAUUUUACGGGCUUUGGAGGAUUCUGGAAAGGUAUUGUCUCACAGUUAAACCGAAGUGGACUUGGGUUGUCAUUUUUAUACCGGAAUCGCGAGGUCAGCAUGAAGUGUCAGGCAUUCAUGCCGGUAGAAGACACUGACUCAGAUGAUAAAUUUGCACUGCUUGUCGUCUGCCACAAUGCCUCGAACACUCUUCAAGACUUUGGAAGUUAUGCCCGUCAUAUUGGUGGCAGUAUAAAACCAGUUAAAAUAGAACCAGGGGGUAACAUAGAAGUGCGUCUGGCGAAGUCCGAUUACUUUGAAGCGGACACAGGAGCAGGAGAAGAUGCAUCCCUCAUUCAGGUCGAGAACAAAUUUCGGGGCAAUGACUUUGAAAAACAGUUUGCUCUCAAAUUUAAAGGUGCUAGACUGACGAGGGGGGUGUUCGGCAAAGUGUUUGUGAGUCAGAAGAAAGAGGAUGGAUCAGAAGUAUCUCUAUUUCAGUUUAACCUUAUAAAGAGCUCCGAUGAACCAGACCAGUCAAGCCAAGAUCCCUGGUUACUGCAGCCCCUCAAAGAGCUUGCUGAAAUGCAUGGUAUAUUGAGUGAGGAUAACUGGAAGCUCUUCAGCCGUGAGUUAGGUUUCACAGAACAAGAAAUUUUCAAGUUCGGUCAAUCAGCAGAACCUUUUAGUAAAUUGGUGACAUCAUACAAGAAACGUGGAGGAACACUCGCCCUAUUCUCCAAGACAUUAAAUGACGUAGGAAGAAAGCUGCGUCUUGGAGAGAGUGAAACUCCUUCAUCGUCCAGCUGGUGGCCAUCUUUUUUCAAUCGAUCCCAGUCUAGCUCUGUCUCAAGCUCCCCUGCAAGGUCUAGCACAUCACUAAAUGAAGACCAACCGGGAACUAGUGGAUUGCAAACAACAUCGUCCAGGAAGCGUUCUCAUCCUACUUGUGAAGCAGCAGUCAGUAGUCACCAUGCUAAAAAACGAAUAUGUUAUCGACAGGAAUCAAGUGAAGAACUUCUGGAAAACCUUCAGAUUAGCCCACCUGACGGCACUCCUCCGAGGACUCCACCACGCUCACCAUCGCGCUCACCAUCGUAUACAACAUUUCCACUGUCGUACCUGCCAUCAUUCUCUCGGUCCUCACCACCAAUGGCAACUAUCUCAAAUCUGACAGCGAAUGUGGCAGUGGUGGGAAGUCAGACAAGUGCACGGAUGUCAUGCAUGCCAUCUCCAACACGAGGAAAUGCCCCAAACACAUCAUCAUAUUAUGCAAGUGUACCCUCAUCUUCAUCAACUUCAAAUACCCCUAUGCCUUCAAUGUUCAACGAGCAGCUGUUACGCCAAAGCACGGAAGAGCUCACCCAUCGCCAAAUCUAUCGCCUUGCUACUCAGACGCAAAUGCACUGGAAGAAGCUAGCCCGUUUGGUAAGAGACGACGACCAAAUAGAAAACGACAUCAAGAAUGUUGAGAGUGAAAACUCAUCAAAAGAAGACCGGUCAACUCAGAUGAUGUUAAAAUGGAAGAAUGAAUACACAGAUAAGUGUACGAAAGGUAGAUUGUAUGGUGCCCUCAUGGACAUGCGACAGAAAACUUUAGCCAAUGAUUGCAUGAGAAUAUGUGCCAACGAGUAGCAGGAACUUAACUGUCAAAGUGUACAAUAUGUUUGUGCAGUGAAUAUUAAAUAUGUACAAGACAAAUGUGACUGGCUCUGGCAAUUUCUAAUUUUGCACAAUCAUCAAAAACGUAGAAGAAUCACAAGUAACAUUUUCAGGUUUUUGCAUUUCAUAAAAGAAGAUACUUAAGAACAUUUCUGCAAAAUAUCAAUCACUAAAAUCUAACUGAAAAGUAUAUUAAAAGUAUUUUUAAAAUACAUAAAUCUUAAUACAGUAAUAAACUAUUUAUUUAUUUGGAAUUUUUUAAAGCUUUUUUCUCAAACCCUACUUGGUUGAUAUCCAAUUAAUUUAUUCAUAACUUUCCAAAUCGUCAACCAGUAGAAUUCAUGCAGAAUCUAAAAAAUACAAAAAACAUGAUGUUAAAUUUUUCCAACAAAUUGAUGGUUUUGCCAGAGCUGGUGACAAAUGUCUUUCCUAUAAAAUACAGACACAUGUAUCCCUGUUGGGUCUUUCGUCUGUCAAGAUCCAAAAAGGAGGGCUCUGGAAGUGGAUGAAAUUGCUUAUUUUUGGACAGUGUUUUACUUCAUAUGACCAAAGUUGUUGAACUUAAAUUUAUUUACAUUACCAUUGUGGUAUAAAAUGAAUAUUUCUUGGACAGUAUUAUUUAUUAAAAAUAAAUAUUCUACUGUAUAUUCUAUAACAUUCUAUAAAUGUUUGAAACAUGAGUUUUCAAUAAAAAUAUUUUUUAAGUCAUAAACCAAUUUUAAUUCCUAUAUUCAUCUUUUUAUAAAAUUGUUUUUGUUGUAUUUCAUUUUUUAAAGACAUUGCUAAUUCAUGAGAUGACAAUCAUACAUGAAAUAAAUAUCAGUACUGUAGUGUAUGUGCUUUUUAAACUAUGUGUUGUUUUAUCACUAUAGUGACUAAUAUUUUGUUAAGCUGCUGCAUUACUUAAGAUUCUGGGGUUUGAUAGUUUCUCAACGAGGGUCCAAAUCCAGCUGAGCCACACAUUGCAUGGAGCAGAUUUAAAGAUGCACCUCUAAAUGCAUGGAAAUGGCAAUGUUGUUGGGUUUUUUUAAAGUAUUAUUCCCUGUUGAGAUCCUAUGUCCCUCUGGACCUGGGGAGCCACUGGUGGAAAAGUCCAUUGAUAGUUCAUUGAUUGAAGUUAUUAAAUAAGCCAAUUCGUAGUUAGAACUGCGCAUGCUCCUAUGCAAGGUCAAUCGAGGUCAAUUGACACAAACCAUCUUGAGUGUGCAUGCGCAGUUCUAACUACGAAUUGGCUUAUUAGAAACUAUCAAGUUGUUCAUUUUCUAGUCUCAUUAUCCAAUCAGCUUCAUCGAUUCUGAUGACGUUUCAGGUCUUGUAUGUUUCAGUCUAACAAGUGUAAGAUUUUGUAUAUAUUGUAUAUACUAAAAUUAUUAAGACAUUUGGAAAAUAAAUUUUGAAAAUGUAAUAAGUAGUGUAUAAUA